AUGGGCCAAGGCUUCUCUCUCGCGACGCCGUCGGCCGGCUCGGCCGGCAUAGACAUUGCGCAGCUUCAGGAUGUGCAGUACGAGCGGAGCAUCGGCAACGCACGCUUCAUGAAGAGCAUCCGCGGCCGACACGAGAAUGGCAUCGUGCUCGUCAAGGUGCUCGUCAAGCCGUACGCAGAGGCCAACCUCGACGAGUACAAGAAGCUGCUCAUCCAGCAGCGCAAGGCUUUGGCCGACGUCCCCAACGCCCUCGGCUUCCAGAGAAUCAUCGAGACGGAGACGAACGGAUACCUUGUCCGCCAGUUCCAGUACAGCUCACUUUACGACAGGCUGAGCACUCGGCCCUUCCUAGAAGACAUAGAAAAGAAGUGGCUGGCAUUUCAGCUGCUCUGCGCCCUGCGCGACUGCCACGCCCGCGACAUCUACCAUGGCGACAUCAAGGCCCAGAAUGUGCUCGUCACAUCCUGGAACUGGUUGUACCUGACUGACUUCUGCGCGCCAUACAAGCCGGUCCUGUUGCCUGACGACAAUCCUGGCGACUUCUCCUACUUCUUCGACACGUCCGGCCGCCGAACCUGCUACAUUGCCCCCGAACGCUUCUAUGCUGCUGGCGAAGUGCCACCUCGAAAGGCCAAGAUGACGUGGGCCAUGGACAUCUUCAGCGCCGGCUGUGUCAUCGCACAAAUGUUUCUCGAGUCGGAGAUAUUCAGCCUCGCCCAGCUCUACAAGUAUCGCCGGGGCGAAUACGACCCCGUCAUCACCCACCUGAGCGUCAUAUCGGAUAAGGACGUCCGCGACAUGAUAGCUCACAUGAUUCAGCUUAACCCCGAGAAGCGCUACUCCGCCGACCAGUACCUAGAGUUUUGGAAAGGCAAGGUGUUUCCGACAUACUUUUACAGCUUUCUGCAUCAGUACAUGGAGUUGAUCACGGAUCCCUCAUCGGGCAACAACCCCAUGUCAGGGUCGCAGAAGAACAUGGGCGAGUCCGAUGACCGCAUAGACCGGGUUUAUUACGACUUUGACAAGAUUUCCUACUUUCUUGGGUACCAGCCUGAAAAGCGACUGUCUGGUGCUAUGCCAGUGUCGUCACGCCUGGGCCUCGGCCACUUCCCCGUUCGUUUGAGCAUACCGAAUCACGAACAUUCAGUCUCUGCGGACCUGGAGCCGCCCGAAGACGAUGGGACGCUGAUAUUUCUUACUCUUAUCGUGUCCUCGAUGAGGACGACUGCGCGCGCCUCUUCGCGAGUGCGGGCGUGCGAUGUUCUGCUGGCUUUCGCCGAGAGACUCACCGACGAGGCCAAGCUGGACUGGGUGCUCCCAUACCUCAUGACGCUGCUGCGCAAAGAGGAGACGGACAUUGUCAUUGUGUCUGCCAUUCGCACCAUCACCCAGCUCCUCCAGCUGGUACGCAUGCCGACGCCCAUCAACUCUCACCUCCUGGUUGAGUACGUCUUGCCGCGCAUGGAGAUUGCGCUGGGCUCGCGGUCACGAAUCGCCAGCCCUUUGAUCAGAGCGACAUACGCCUCAUGUCUAGGCAGCCUGGCGUCAACGGGCCAGCGCUUCUUGGAAAUCGCGUCCAGCCUUAGAGCCGACGGCUCGAUGCCCAUGACAGAUCCAGAAGUCGAACCGGGGGCUGAAGCUGAGGCUAACUUUGAGAGCGUCUUCGAUAGUGCUGGCAGAGAGCUCUUUGACAUCCUAGAGGGUCACGCGAAGCAGCUGGUAGAAGACCCAGAUGUCGACGUUCGCCGCGCGUUUCUGGCGUCAGUUCCAGAGCUCUGCAUGUUCUUUCAAGAGCACUCCAACGACAUCCUCCUCACUCACCUCAAUACUUACCUCAACGACCGCGACUGGACGUUGAAGUGCGCAUUCUUCGACACCAUCGUUGGCAUCGCAGCGUUUAUUGGCAGCACGAGCCUCGAGGAGUUUAUGCUUCCCCUCAUGGUUCAAGCUCUGGCCGAUACAGAAGAGUUUGUGGUGCAGGCAGCGUUGCACUCGCUGGCGCAGCUCGCGGGCCUGGGCCUGCUGUCGAAACCCAAGAUAUGGGAGUUGGUCGACCUCAUCGGCAGAUUCACCAUGCAUCCCAACAUAUGGGUUCGCGAGUCGGCAGCAGAGUUCCUGGCCAUGUCGGCAAGGUUCCUGGCGCUGGCGGAUUUUCGUUGCAUUCUGCUGCCUCUGAUGAAGCCAUAUCUCAAGGUCGACAUGCUGUCUGAAUUCGGCGAGCUCCACCUCUUGGAUACCCUCAAGAAGCCCAUCUCUAGGGCCGUUUUCGAGCAGGCCAUCACUUGGGCUACCCAAGCCGAUCGAGGUGUAUUUUGGAAGCCGCUACAGAAGCUUCGGUCACUGACCCUCGCCUCUUCAGCUGCCAUGGCCGGUCGGUCAUCCAAGGACCUCAGCGCCACGUCAAUGAGCAAGAUUGCCCGGAACGAGGAGGAUGAGCAGUGGCUCGAGAAGCUGAGAAAUCUAGGCCUUAAGCCGGAAGACGAGUUGAAGCUCCUGGCUCUACGCGAGUUUAUCUGGCGCCUCAGCAAGCUAAAAGCACGAGACUCGUCUCCGGCGGAGCCAACAAUGUCGAAUGGGUUGGUCUCAUUGAAGAGCCUCGGCGUAACGCCACAAACUGUCUUCUUCAAUGACGCGCCCCUGCGAGACCCGUCGAUCGAGCCGGAUCUGGACUCUCCGCCGGGGCCCUACACUAUCGCGGACGCGCUGCUGGACGCUUCCAUGACCAUCGACGACACGCUGAGCAAGAGAAGGUGGGCUGCACUGAACAAGCAAAUGGGGCGAGUACAAAGUGUUGGCCCUCGGCCGACACAGGCUUCACGGCGCCUCAUGUCGCCCGAAGGCAGCGAACGGGCCAGCUCGCUGCAUUCCAGGAGAGGUUCUUCGAUUGGUCGCGGCAUUGGCGAUGAUGAACCGUCCCUUCAGGACGGUUCCUAUUCCUCUAGGAGAGCGAUACGGCAUCAAGCGAGCGCCUUGAGCCUCCUGGAUCGGAAAAAUGGGAGCAAGACUGUCGCAGAAACGGGAACCAGCGACGCCAACGCCUUUGGAGAAGUCGAAGGGCCGUUUGUCCUAAGCCCGUCUGCGCCGUCGGCCCCCUCGCGAGGAAGCGAAGAGCGCCGACUGCCGCCCAAGUCAACCAGGCACACUUAUGAAGGGACUGACCCCAACAUUCAACGCAUGCUGGACAGGAUGUACAUUGACAACUUCCCCCGCGAUGUCUUGGACUUUGGUCCAAUGGUGCAGCCCAUCUCGACCGGCAAGAACCGGGUGGUUAACAUGCAGCCGACGGAGGCCCAAUGGAGACCGGGAGGUCACCUUGUGGCUACGUUUGGAGAACACAAAGGGCCGGUAAACCGAGUCGUCGCAUCUCCAGACCAUGUCUUCUUCGUCACAGGCGGAAGCGACGGAACGGUCAAGGUCUGGGACACGGCCAGGCUCGAGCGCAACAUAACCCACCGCUCCAGGCAGACGCACAAGCACGCUGAAGAGGCUCGAGUGCUGGCCCUCUGCUUUGUGGAGGACUCGUACUGCUUCGUGAGCUGUGCCAGCGACGGUAGCAUCCACGUGGUCAAGGUUGACACGGUCACCGCCAGCGGCGUCAUUAGGUACGGCAAGCUUCGGGUCGUGCGGGAGUACCUGCUGCCAGAAGGUGAAUUUGCUGUGUGGUGCGAGCACUUUCGGCAAGAAUCGUCAUCAGUCCUUAUCGUCGCCACGAACCGAUCCAGGAUCCUGGGCAUCGACCUCAGGACAAUGGCUGUCUUGUACGAGUUGGAGAACCCCGUCCAUCACGGAACCCCGACCUGUUUCUGCAUUGACAGGAAACGAAACUGGCUCUGCGUGGGCACGUCGCACGGCGUUAUCGACUUGUGGGAUCUUAGAUUCAAGAUGAGGCUGAGAGGAUGGGGGGUCCCGGGCAAAAGCUCCAUCUACCGCAUGUGCAUCCAUCCGACCAAGGGUCGCGGCAAAUGGGUUUGCAUAGCGGGCGGCACCGGACAGGGAGAGGUGACGGUGUGGGAUCUGGAGAAGACGACGUGCCGGGAAAUUUACCGCACCAGCGGAAGCAAGGACGGUCCAAAGGGCUACAGCGCGUGGGACGUGGACGAGGACAAGCCAGAGGGCAUGUUGGGCAGGUUUGCCACGAACCUCGAAAACAGCGACGUGGCCAACGCGGACCGAGGGGUUCGGGCGAUGGUGAUAGGCACCGGGUCCGUCGAGGACUCUCGCGAGGUCCGCCACGCCUACAUUGUGACGGGAGGCUCAGACAAGAAGCUGCGAUUCUGGGACAUGAGCCGUAUCGAGAACUCGAGCAUCUACAGUGGCCUGCAGCCCGAAGAAGCGCAACCGACUUACACAGCGACAAACCCCUCGACGGGUGUCAUACUCAACACGGAAAAGGCGCCGCGGCAGGCCGGGCCAGGGACCAACGGAGGCAACGGCACGGCGGGCAAGGGAAAGAGCUCAGGCGGUGGGCGCCCGCCGCGAUCGACAGUGAUUUCGAUGCAGCAGCAGCAGCUACUCCAGUCUCACCUAGACGCGGUCUUGGACAUGGUGGUAUUGGAGUACCCGUACACGAUGAGCGUGUCGACGGACCGGUCGGGCGCGGUCUUUGUCUUUCAGUAG